AAUCUCUCAACAAUGGCAGAUAAUUCAAUCCAAAAGCUCCAUGCAAUCUUCGUAGCUUACCCUCUUCAAGGCCACCUAAUUCCAUCUGUUAACUUAGCCAUCAAGCUCGCAUCCAAAGGUUUCACCAUCACCUUCGUCAACACGCAUUCCGUACACCACCAGACCGCCAAAGCUCACCCUGAGAUAGGGUCCUCGGAUAUCUUCUCUAGCGUCCGAGAAUCGGGCCUCGACAUAAGGUACACCACCGUGUCUGACGGUCUCCCCCUCGAGUUCGACCGGUCGUUGAACCACGACCAGUUCAUGGCUUCGUUGUUGCAUGUUUUCUCGGCCCAUGUCGAUGAGGUGAUCGGUUGGAUAAUAGGGUCAGGGGAGAAGGUUCAUUGCUUGAUUGCAGAUACUUUCUUCGUUUGGCCUUCGAAGAUCGCUAAGAAGUUUGGGUUGCUUCAUGUCUCGUACUGGACGGAGCCAGCUUUGGUGUUCACGUUGUACUAUCACUUGGAUCUUCUUAAGAAAAAUGGUCACUUUGGCCAACAAAAUCGUCGUGGAGACACCAUAAAUUACAUACCAGGAGUCGAAGCGAUUGAACCGAAGGAUAUGAUGUCAUACCUUCAAGAAACCGAUACGACAUCGGCUUGCCAUCAGCUCAUUUUCAACGCAUCCCAAGAUGCCAAGAAUGCAGAUUUCGUUCUAUGCAACACUGUUCAAGAACUUGAACCCCUCACCAUAUCAGCUUCACAUGCCCAAAUCCCCUUCUAUGCAAUCGGACCCAUUUUCCCACCCGGGUUCACCAAGAGCAGUGUGGCUACAACCCUCUGGUCCGUGUCCGAUUGCACCCAAUGGCUCGACAGAAGGCCCCCCGGCUCGGUUUUGUACGUCUCGUUCGGUAGCUAUGCCCACGUUACAAAAACCGAGCUAAUAGAGAUAGCUCAAGGGAUUGCACUUAGCAAUGUGAGUUUUCUUUGGGUGCUUCAACCUGAUAUCGUGAGCUCUGAUGAAGCUGAUCUCUUGCCCGUCGGAUUCAAAGAGGAGGUUGGUGACCGUGCGAUGAUCGUACCAUGGUGCAGUCAAAAUGCGGUGCUGGCCCACCCUGCAACCGGAGCGUUCUUAACACAUUGUGGGUGGAAUUCGAUACUGGAGAAUACAUGGUGUGGGGUUCCCUUGUUGUUUUACCCUUUGUUAACGGAUCAAUCCACCAAUAGGAAAUUGGUGGUGGAUGAUUGGAAGAUGGGGAUUAAUUUGAGCAAUAAAAAGCCCAUCACGAAGGCGGACGUUUCCGAUAAUAUCAAUCGUCUGAUGAGUGGAAAAUCAGGGGAUGAGUAUAGGAACAAGGUGAAAGAGAUGAGGAAAAUAUUGGAAACCGCGUUGUCACCUAGUGGAUCAUCAGAGACAAAUAUGGAUCUAUUCAUCAAGGAUCUCAAGGCUAAGUAUCAAAUCAAACUCAUCUCCCAAUAG